CUGGCAGCCGCCAUGUUGUGUCUCCAGGGGAGAGAGCCAGACACUCAAGUCACGUAGCAACAGCGGGAGGAGCGAGCGACGUCGUCCGGUAGUAAACAGUAGAUGACGUUACCACUCGCCCGGCAGUUCACAGGAAACGGACCGCAGCUGGAAGAUAUGAGCCGUCCGUCCCCAGACGGAACCGGAGCCGGUGGUGGAGGAGGACUCGGGGCCGGGAAAGUGGGCGUUGGAAAACACGGAGGAGCCGCGGCGGCUGUUACGGGAGUAGCCGCCGGAGUGAGCACCGGGGCCGGGUCCGCUGUCCCUUCCCCUUCCCCCGCUGUGUCUCUGUCGCUCGGUCUACCGGGGCAGUCCCCGGAGCUCACGGCGCUGUUCGAGUGCCCGGUAUGCUUCGACUACGUCCUGCCGCCCAUCCUGCAGUGCCAGGCGGGUCACCUGGUGUGCAACCUGUGCCGCCAGAAGCUGAGCUGCUGUCCGACCUGCCGAGGCCCGCUCACCCCGAGCAUCCGGAACCUGGCCAUGGAGAAGGUGGCGUCCACUCUGCCGUUCCCCUGCAAGUACUCGUCGGCGGGCUGCGGGCUGUCCCUGCACCACACGGAGAAGCCGGACCACGAGGAGGUUUGUGAGUUCAGGCCCUACACCUGUCCGUGUCCCGGCGCGACCUGCAAGUGGCACGGCUCUCUGGAGGCCGUCAUGCCGCACCUGAUGCACGCACACAAGUCCAUCACCACGCUGCAGGGUGAGGACAUCGUCUUCCUGGCGACAGACAUCAACCUUCCCGGCGCGGUGGACUGGGUGAUGAUGCAGUCCUGUUUCAGCCACCACUUCAUGCUGGUGCUGGAGAAGCAGGAGAAGUACGAGGGCCACCAGCAGUUCUUCGCCGUCGUGCUGCUCAUCGGCACGCGCAAGCAGGCCGAGAACUUCGCCUACCGCCUCGAGCUCAACGGCAACCGGCGCCGGCUGACCUGGGAGGCCACGCCGCGCUCCAUCCACGACGGCGUGGCCGCCGCCAUCAUGAACAGCGACUGCCUGGUGUUCGACACCUCCAUCGCGCACCUGUUCGCCGACAACGGCAACCUGGGCAUCAACGUCACCAUCUCCAUGUGCUGAGGAGAGGGUGACCGGAUUGGAUCGCUUCGCAUUUUUAGCUUCGGCAUAUCCAUUCUGGGAACUUUCCGUUGGAGAACUUUUGGGGGGAAAAGGGGGAGCGAAAAUCCUGGUUAGCUGAUUGGAUGAACCAUCUGUCUGUCUACCACCUAUAGUUGGUGACAGACGGGGCCCAAAUCAACCAAUCAGAUCAUGUCUGUGAAGGAGAUUUACCGUUUGUGUAACAGGAAUAAAAGGCCCCAUUUCAGGUUCCUGGUCCAUACUCCAAAAGAAGGAUCCAAGAGGAAAAAGCAUUAGCGAGCGGCUAACAGAAUUAGGGCUACCGCCGGCUGUAAAUCCUGGUUAGCUGAUUGGAUGAACCAUCUGUCUGUCUACCACCUAUAGUUGGUGACAGACGGGGCCCAAAUCAACCAAUCAGAUCAAUGAAAGCGUAUGGAAAUACAACCACGAGCCAGGCUAACCCUGCUGCUGCUGCUGCUGCAGGCCAAGCAUAGCUCGUUAGCUUAGCAUGCUAGCAGCAUGUCGGUAAAGGAGAUUUACCGUUUGUGUAACGAGAGUUUAGGAAUAAAAGAAUAAAAGGCCCCAUUUCAGGUUCCUGGUCCAUAC